GUGCUUUCCAGGAGCCAUCAGUCCUCUGAGCGCUGCAGCAGCGGCGGCAGCAGCUGCAGGUCGUGUUGCUCUGUCGGGGUCCGGAGUGUCCGGUGUCCUGCUGGCAUCCAACCUAAAUGAAGAGAUGGUCACGCCUCAAAGUCUCUUUACCCUCUUCGGUGUCUACGGCGAUGUCCAGAGGGUGAAGAUCCUCUACAACAAAAAGGACAGCGCUCUGAUCCAGCUGUCUGAUGGCAACCAGGCUCAGCUCGCUAUGAGUCAUCUGAAUGGUCAAAAGGUGUUUGGUAAAGUGAUGAGAGUGACGCUGUCCAAGCAUCAGACUGUGGCUUUGCCCAGAGAAGGACUGGAUGACCAGCUACUAACUAAAGAUUUUUCUGGCUCACCGCUCCAUCGCUUUAAGAAGCCAGGAUCCAAAAACUUCCAGAACAUCUUUCCUCCCUCAGCAACGCUUCACCUCUCCAACAUCCGGGACGGAGUUGGGGAGGAAGAUCUACGUCUUUUGUUCUCUAACAGUGGAGGAACCGUCAAGGCCUUCAAGUUCUUCCAGGACCGUAAAAUGGCUUUGAUCCAGAUGUCAUCAGUAGAAGAAGCUAUUCAGGCUCUGAUGGAUCUUCACAACUAUGACAUGGGAGGGAAUCACCAUCUGAAAGUUUCCUUUUCCAAAUCUACCAUCUAACCGUCACACCAGCUCCUAAAUGUUAAGCUCUAUGGUGUGCAUAGAAGUCACUACCAUUUGUCCUUUUUUCAGUAUUUUCUGUGAAUAGUUUUCAGUUUAAGUACUGAGAAAACUCAAACUCCACAAGGUAAUUUUUUUUCUUGAGCAGUAGAAGCAGUAAUGACCUCAGUCCCAGUCCAAAGGCGGUUCUGCUUUGACCAGUUCAACAUCUAAAAGAGCCCCGAGGCGGCGCCUUGUUGUUUUAGUUUUCCUCCAGUGGUUCUCCGGGGUGUGUCGGUGCAUUGUGACGUUGCUGCUGGAUGUGGUUCCAGGUGAAAAAAAGACUCAAAACCUGCUCUGGUGUUAAGAUAUUCUUUAAAAGACUUGUAGUUCUUCAUUUUAACUGCUUGGAUUUUCAUUUGAGGUUUGAGUUUUUUAAAAUUUUUGUACGUUGUGUUGCUUCUUGAACCACUUACCCAGAAAUUCUUAUUUCUAACCUCGAGCUACCGUUGGUUAUAUAGUUAUUUUGUCACCACUUUGUAAUGACUCCUCUUUUCUUUUGCAUUAUGUGAAGAUUUAUUUUGGGCUGUUAAGUUCUUCACACACCUCCUUCGUGUUUGGUUCACUCCUUCACAUUUCACCCUGUUCAUUUGUUCAGUUUGCUGCAAUUUGAAAAAAACAAGAAGCUACAACCACUUAAAAUGUCCACUGCAAUGUAAAAAUGACCAGGAGCACCAGUUUAUUACUUUGCAGGUUUAUUUUUUUAUUAGCAACCUCCACGUAAACAACUUGCAGUUUUAAAAAUGUUGCUGCGCCACUCAGGGGGACUUUUGAUGUAGUUUAAACACCAGAUGUAACUAAACUUUGAUGUCCUCAAAGUGAAUAGAGAAAUGAAUCUUAGAGCAGUGUGUUGCAAUUUUACAAUUUUGAGAAGUUUCCUUCUUAACAGACGUACUUUUUUGCUGUUGUUCCCAUUACUGAACAAUCAUUUGGAAGCUUUUCCUACGCGAGGCCCGUUUAAUUAACAUCCCAUCAUGUGUAUUUGAUGUUAAAAGGCUUCGUGGGAAUGAGAAUCAUCAUUCGAGGCUCAUGAUGCUUGUUGAGGACUGUUGAAUAUCCUUGAAACGUCCUGUACAGCACAAAAUGGAAUGUAUCGACAUUAAUCCGUAAUAAUAAUAUUGAGGCUCCGAAGGUGGAGCUUUCCAUGAAGAAUAGAGCCAUCUGGAAUUUCCUGUUUAAAUCCCAUCCCGGUCGUUUGGACGCCAGCUGUGAGUGGGUGAACUCAUACACAGGAUGCAUGCUAAUGCUGUCUGUUUAAACAAGGUUUCAACAUGUGAUUCUGGUCCUGGUCUCUGAUUUUAAGGAGACCUGAUGGGACCAAAGUACAUGUGCCUUUAGUCUGUGAUCUGAUUUUACUGUUGAUUCCUUUGUGUCUUUAAACAGAUUCUUUUAUUGGUACUGUUUGCUGAUCUUGUGUUGUAAACCUGUAAAAAAAAAAAAAUACAACAAAAAACAGAUUAUUUUGUUAAUUACUUUGAAAAAGAGGCGUUCGUCUGAUGCUCAGAACGCCGGGUCACUGUUUCAGCUGAGCUCAUCUCCAAAGUGGGGUUUUUAUUUUUCACUCAUUCUCUCAUUCUUACUGGCAAAGUUUUAUUUUUGGAUUUUUUCCCCCCCCCUUAUAGAAGGAUUGCUGUAAAUUUUCUACUUGAGUUCAGUUUGUUUUGUGAUAAGGUUUCAGAUUAGCACAAAUUAAACACGUCUUUUCUACCAACGAGCCCAGGUUAAGCUGUGUGUGUUUGUAUGUGUUUGGACAAUUUCAGGCCUCUGCUCUCAUCUGUAUCUUACCUGUAAUAAACUUCUCUUUCUCUGUUCA